AUGGAAAGUAGAAAUAACAUCGGAGUAGCUGUAAGGAUAAGGCCACUUCUUCAAGAAGAGGUCUCCCAAGGCCACCAAGUCUCCAGAAUUUCAUGCGAUCAGCUUCAGCAAAGAAUCAUGUAACCUUAAUUCAGAAUCUCAAUGCCUGAAAGCACCCAGACAAAAAUUUUUAAAUUCGAUCAAGUUUUAGACCAAACAACCUCCCAGCAGGACUUUUUUGAAAGCUGCAAUUUAAGCAUCUUAAUUUCCAAACUGCUUUCUGGCUUUAAUGUAACAAUAUUUGCUUAUGGACAAACUGGUUCAGGAAAAACCUACACAAUGGAAGGCUACGAAUAUGACAAGAACUUAAAACCAAUAAUAAAAGUAAACAACGAAAACGUCGGAGUAGUUCCAAGAGUGAUCAAGCGCCUAUUUGAAGAAAUCAAAAAUAAUUCUUCAAACACUGAGUACACUGUAUAUUGCACUUAUAUACAAGUCUAUAAGGAAAGGAUUUAUGAUUUAUUGAACCCUGCUCAGCUUAAACCAGGAAAUCCAGGACUGAAGCUGAGGUGAAAUAAAUUGGAAGAAUUUUACAUUGACAAUCUUUUUAUGCAUGCUUGUUAUAGUCCUGAAGAAGUCAUGAUGCAUUAUCAUUCUGGGCUUAAAAACAAAAUUAUGGCUUCACAUAACUUAAAUUCUAUUUCAUCAAGGUCUCAUACAUUAUUUACUCUGACGAUUGAAGCACUUGAUUCUGAAUCUGGAGGGAUUUUAUCAAGCAAACUUCAAUUGGUAGACUUGGCAGGGAGUGAGAGACCGUCAAUUACUGGAAAUGAAGGCAUUAUUCUAAAAGAAAGCAUUGAAAUCAAUAAGUCAUUAUUUACACUUCGGCAAGUAAUCACAGCUCUUUCUUCACAAAGAGAAGGAGAAACAGUGCAUGUUCCUUAUAGAGAUUCAAAAUUAACAAGUAUAUUAAAACAAAGCAUAGGCGGAAAUGGUUUUACGUUGAUGAUUGCAUGCCUAGCUCCUUCUGAUGCUUAUCUUGAUGAAAAUCUAAGCACUCUUUCUUAUGCAAGCAAAGCAUUAAGCAUUUCUAAUAUCCCUGUUAAGAACAUUGACCCUAAAAGCAAAAUGACAAAAAAGCUCAGGGUGAUUCCUAUAUAGGACGAAAUUAAAAAUUUAAAACAAGAAUUAUCUGAAGUCUAUCAACAAAUCGAUUUGCUUUCUGAAAUCUCAAUUUUGGAGAAAAAAGAGCAAGCAGUAAAAUUGAGGGAAAUUGAAAAUAUGCCCUUUAAAUCUUCUCAUAUUCAAAGAAUUCAAGCACUUCGUAACAACAUAGAGUCAGCCCAGUCUAGAAGGGAGCCAACGUCAUCAAGGCCGCCACCUACAGCUCCUGCGAAAAACUAUGAAUCAGACAAUUCAGGAUUCGGAUACAGCACAGAAGUUUUAGCUGAAAAACUAGAUGAUAGCGUAAAACUAUUCAAGCUUAUUAUGAAUUCUAAUAGAAAGCUUAAAGAAGAUUUAAUAGAGCUGAAAAAUAAAAGAAAAGCCCAAGAAUCCGAAAUUUUACAGGUUUGAUUUAAAUAGUUACAUGAGAGAAAUCAAAAUUUGCGAGAAAAAGCUGAAAAUUUUGAAAAUGCUAUUAAGGAAGAAAAGACUUCUGAUGAAGACGAAAUAAUGAAUUUGCGAAAAAUAAAUGAUGAAUUGGCAAAGAAAAUUAUGCAGCUUGAAAAAGGGCAUAAGCAAAUACAAGCAGUAGUCGUCGCUCCACCUCCAAAAGAAAAAGAAAAGCAUGAAUGAGGGUUUAAAUCUACCCGAACUGUUGUGAGGGCACGUAAUCAACAUUUAGAAUCGUCUACACCAAGCCAAGUCGUAAAUUAUUACACUGAUAAAGCUUAUGAAACAGUAAUGAAUUUCCAAAGCCGUCCUCCAACUAAGAAUCCAAACCGCAGAAAUAGAUUUGAAAAAUCAUUUGAGGAUACAAAAGGAGAAAUGAGAGACUCUUCACUAGAUUCAGCUAUAAAAGCAGACGAAAAUUUAGCUUUGUCUCAAAUGUUUUUUAGAAAAAAAUCAGGUCGCGCAAAUACAAACUUGUAA